AUGUACGAGGACAACAUCUCAGGAAGACAAAAGAGUCAGGAGAGCGUAGAUUCGACACGAGUUCGCAAUACCGUUAUACCGGGAGCACUUGAAGCGUUUUCAGGUGAUCGCACUGCCGCGCAUCAGCCGCUAGAUAGACUCUAUCCAAUGACGACUGUACUUUACGAUCCCAGUUGUAAGAAGGAACCAUCUACGGGAGCAUCUACGCAAUACGGACAGGAGAAAGAAAUCUGCAUGAAACUGUUCGAAAGAUGGAGCGAAUCAGAACAAGUGCAGUUUGUCGAACACCUGUUAGCACGAAUGUGUCAUUAUCAGCACGGACACAUCAACGCGUAUUUAAAACCGAUGCUGCAGAGAAACUUUAUUUCACUUUUGCCGAAAAAAGGAUUGGACCACGUGGCAGAAAAUAUUCUGUCUUACCUUGACGCAAAAUCACUUGUUUCUACAGAACUAGUAUGCAAGGAAUGGCAUAGGGUUAUUAGUGAAGGAAUGCUUUGGAAAAAACUGAUUGAACGUAAAGUUCGAACGAAUUCAGUUUGGAGAGGUUUAGCUGAAAGGAGAGGAUGGAUACAAUAUCUUUUUAAACCGAAACCAGGCGAGGCCCAUCCCAAUCAUAAUUUCUACAGAUCUCUUUACCCAAAAAUUGUCAAAGACAUCGAAAGUAUGGAGAACAACUGGAGAAUGGGUCGAUUCACUCUUCAAAGAAUUAAUUGUCGUAGUGAGAACUCUAAAGGUGUUUAUUGUCUGCAAUAUGACGAUCAGAAGAUAGUUUCCGGACUUCGAGACAACACGAUUAAGAUCUGGGACAGAAAUACUUUACAGUGUAUCAAGGUGUUGACAGGCCAUACGGGUUCUGUGCUUUGUUUACAGUAUGAUGAUAAAGCUAUAAUAUCCGGUUCCUCAGACAGUACCGUGAGAGUUUGGGACGCUACUACAGGCGAGAUGGUUAACACAUUAAUUCAUCAUUGUGAGGCAGUACUGCAUCUUAGAUUUAACAAUGGCAUGAUGGUAACUUGCUCAAAGGAUCGUUCUAUAGCAGUCUGGGAUAUGACAUCGCAGACAGAAAUUGCAUUGAGAAGAGUAUUAGUAGGGCACAGAGCAGCAGUGAACGUAGUUGACUUUGAUGAGAAGUAUAUUGUUUCUGCCAGUGGUGAUAGAACUAUCAAAGUAUGGAACACCUCUAAUUGCGAAUUUGUGCGAACGUUGAACGGACAUAAACGCGGCAUAGCGUGUUUGCAAUAUAGAGAUCGCUUAGUAGUUAGUGGCAGUAGUGAUAAUACUAUACGACUGUGGGACAUCGAGUGCGGCGCUUGCUUACGUGUUUUAGAAGGGCACGAAGAAUUAGUGAGAUGUAUUCGAUUCGAUAGUAAACACAUCGUCAGCGGUGCUUAUGAUGGAAAAAUCAAAGUUUGGGAUCUUGUAGCCGCUCUUGAUCCUCGUGCUGUUGCUAGUACUUUAUGUUUACGCACUUUAGUGGAGCACACCGGGCGUGUGUUUCGUCUUCAAUUUGACGAAUUCCAAAUAGUUUCAUCAUCUCACGAUGAUACGAUACUAAUUUGGGAUUUUCUUAAUUACAAUCCGUCAAGCGGAAGUGUAUGCAGUGGACGCCUGCCGAUGGAUGGAGCGCCGAACCAAGCCGAUACUAGAUCUCCUUCCCCAUUUGAGUGACGCAUCAAUACGGAGAUUCCUUUAUUGUGAUAUAAUUACAAGUGGUUAGGUGAGUGAAUCCAAUGUGUUCACAACAAUGUGCGCAAACAAUGAAAUAUCCGAUGAUGAGUGUUUAAUGUAAACAACAGCAAUUAUACAUAGAAAUGUCUGAAGGAAAAA